AUGUAUUCCUCAGAACUGACUGCACAUAAAAGAAUCCACAGCGGAGAGAAGCCUUAUGAAUGUAAGGAAUGUGGGAAAGCCUUCAGAGUGUCCUCGCAGUGUAAGAGACACAUGCGAACCCACAGUGGAGAGAGGCCCUAUGAAUGUAAGGAGUGUAGGAAAGGCUUUCUAACACCCUCAAACCUCAGAACACAUACAAUAAUCCACAGUGGAGAGAGGCCCUAUGAAUGUAAAGAAUGUGGAAAAGCCUUUAGAACAACCACCCAUCUUACAGCACAUAGAAUAAUCCACAGUGCAGAGAGGCCCUAUGAAUGUAAAGAAUGUGGGAAAGCCUUUAGAACAACCGCACAUCUUACAGCACAUAGAAUAAUCCACAGUGGAGAGAAGCCUUAUGAAUGUAAGGAGUGUGGGAAAGCGUUUAGAACAACUUCACAACUUAAAACACAUAGAGGAAUCCACAGUACGGAGAGGCCCUAUGAAUGUAAGGAUUGUGGGAAAGGCUUUCUAACACCCUCAAGACUCAGAACACAUAGAAUAAUCCACAGUGCAGAGAAAUCCUAUGAAUGUAAGGAGUGUGGAAAAGCGUUUAGAACAACUUCACAACUUACAACACAUAGAGGAAUCCACAUUGCGGAGAGGCCCUAUGAAUGUAAGGAGUGUGGGAAAGCCUUUAGAACAACCACACAUCUUACAGCACAUAGAAGAAUCCACAGUGUAGAGAAGCCUUAUGAAUGUAAGGAGUGUGGGAAAGGCUUUCUAACACCCUCAAGCCUCAGAACACAUACAAUAAUCCACAGUGGAGAGAGGCCCUAUGAAUGUAAAGAAUGUGGAAAAGCCUUUAGAACAACCGCACAUCUUACAGCACAUAGACUAAUCCACAGUGGAGAGAAGCCUUAUGAAUGUAAGGAGUGUGGGAAAGCCUUUAGCAGAACCUCACACCUUAAAACACAUAGAAUACUCCACAGUGCAGAGAGACCCUAUGAAUGUAAGGAAUGUGGGAAAGGUUUUCUAACACCCGCAAACCUCAGAAGACAUACAAGAAUCCACAGUGAAGAGAGGCCCUAUGAAUGUAAACAAUGUGGAAAAGCCUUUGUCACAACCUCACAUCUUACAGCACAUAGAAUAAUCCACAGUGGAGAGAAGCCUUAUGAAUGUCAGGAGUGUGGGAAAACCUUUAGAAGCACUUCAUACCUUAGAAUACAUAGAAGAAUCCACAGUGCAGAGAGGCCCUAUGAAUGCAAGGAGUGUGGGAAAGCCUUUAGAAGAACUGCACACCUUAGAAGACAUAGAAGAAUCCACAGUGGAGAGAGGCCCUAUGAAUGUAAGCAGUGUGGGAAAGCCUUUAAAACAACUUCACAUCUUACAAGACAUAGAAGAAUCCACAAAAACCUGAAUACAAAGCAGCUGCAUUGA